CUGACUUUGACCAACAGAAAUCUAGCCGAUGCAUCGCUCCUCUACAGAUGCAGUAUUUCUUUUCUUGGUCAUAUCUGAUAUCUAAGUUCAGGUUGUUUUUGUAUAUUAAAUCAAAGGUGAUUAAAUCAAGCUUUAAACUUAGUGUUCUCUGGUGUGAGUGGAGCUAUGGAGACAGACAAAGUGAUCAUCAACAACCCAGCAGACAUCAUCGUCAUCAUUGGAUAUUUCAUCAUGGUUAUCAGUGUCGGCAUUUGGGCCAUGUUUCGCACCAAUCGUGGGACAGUUGGAGGAUAUUUCCUGGCCGGGCGCACCAUGACCUGGUGGCCGGUUGGUGCAUCUCUGUUUGCCAGCAACAUUGGCAGUGGUCACUUUGUGGGCUUGGCGGGCACCGGGGCAGCUAGUGGCAUCGCUGUGGGAGGGUUUGAGUGGAAUGCUCUGUUCAUCGUGCUGCUGCUGGGCUGGUUGUUUGUGCCCGUCUACCUCACCGCUGGGGUGAUCACGAUGCCCCAGUACCUGAAGAAGAGGUUCGGAGGGACCAGGAUCAGCCUCUACCUCUCCGUCAUCUCACUGUUCCUCUACAUCUUCACCAAGAUCUCAGUGGACAUGUUUUCUGGGGCUGUGUUCAUCCAGCAGGCUUUAGGGUGGAACAUCUACGUGGCCGUCAUCACCCUUCUGUUAAUAACGGCCUUGUACACCGUCACAGGUGGUCUGGCUGCUCUGAUGUACACUGACACAGUUCAGACCUUCGUCAUCAUUGCCGGGGCCUUCGUCCUCACCGGCUUCGCUUUUGCUGAAGUAGGAGGCUACAGCGCUCUGCUGGCCAAAUACAGCUCUGCCAUGCCGAGUAACUUCACCUCCAUGGAGCCCCAGCUCUACAACAUCUCCCCCCACUGCUACACCCCGAGACCGGACGCCUUCAGCAUGCUGAGGGACCCGACCACCGGGGACCUGCCCUGGCCCGGCGUGCUGUUUGGGAUCGCCAUAGUGGGAGGCUGGUACUGGUGCACGGACCAGGUGAUAGUCCAGCGGUGCCUUGCAGCUCGUAGUCUGACCCACGUGAAGGCCGGCUGCAUCAUGUGUGGCUACUUAAAGCUGCUGCCGAUGUUCCUCAUGGUGUUCCCCGGCAUGAUCAGCAGAGUCCUCUACCCGGAUGAGGUUGGGUGUGUUGUCCCUGAGGUGUGUAAGAGGGUGUGUGGGACGGAGGUGGGCUGCUCCAACAUCGCCUAUCCAAAACUGGUGGUGUCCAUCAUGCCGAAUGGUCUGCGAGGUCUGAUGCUGGCGGUGAUGUUGGCCGCUCUCAUGUCCUCUCUGGCGUCCAUCUUUAACAGCAGCAGCACUCUGUUCACCAUGGACAUCUGGACCCGCAUCAGACCUCAGGCCGCCGAGCGCGAGCUCCUCAUCGUGGGAAGGGUCUGGGUCCUGUGCAUCGUGGCCGUCAGUAUCUGCUGGAUCCCGGUGGUUCAGGCGGCUCAGAGCGGUCAGCUGUUCGAUUACAUCCAGUCGGUCUCGAGCUUUCUGGCUCCGCCCAUCGCCUCCGUCUUCCUCCUGGCUGUGUUCGUCAAGAGGGUCAAUGAACAGGGUGCGUUCUGGGGCCUGAUAGGCGGCCUGCUGAUGGGUCUGUGUCGGAUGUUGCCCGAGUUCUGGUUCGGUUCUGGGAGCUGUAUUUUCCCCUCUACCUGCCCUUUCUUGGUGUGCGGGAUCCACUACCUCCACUUCGCCAUCAUACUCUUCUUCUGCAGCUCUGUACUGGUGCUGAUGGUCAGCUACUGCACCCCUCCCAUAGGGGAUCAACACCUCCAUCGUCUGGUGUUCAGCCUGCGUCACUCCAAAGAGGAGAGGAAGGAUUUGGACUGGGAGCAAGAGGAGAAAGGGAGACAAGCCCGGAGAGAGGCCGAGGAGAGGAUGAGGGAGAAUAGUGAUGCAGUGGCUGAAGAGGGAGAAAAGUCUUGCAUCUGUCGCCGGAUUGGUCAGUUCUGUGGCGGCGGCGGCGGGUCCAAACCCUACGAGCAAGACCCGCCAGAGGCCUCGACGAAGCUGCCCGACAUCAGCGAGGACCCGGUGUGGAGGUACACGGUGGAUGCUAACGCUCUCAUUAUGAUGGCUGUAGCUGUGUUUAUGUGGGGUUACUACGCUUAGCGGUCUGUGUAAAGAGGAAGUGAUUAAGUUUAAUCACUUCGUUGGGAUGAUGCCGUCACAGUGGCGCCACCUGUUGUCAAUUACUUGUCACUACCAAUUAGAGAUGUCAAUAAGCAGCACUACCAACUGUCUCACUUUCUCUGUAGAGCACGUUGGGUUUUAAAGAAUGUGUGUAAUGCAGUCUAAGAAUGUCUCAUCAGGUUACAAUGCCAUUACUGUACACUGUUACAUGUUGAUUUAAUCUGCUCCUGCUUCCACCACUGAGAUAAAAGGUGUGAGAAGACAUUAAAAAAAUUAUAAUUUGGAGGCCAGGUCAAUAAAGUGUCAAGUAGCCCGAAGAUUUGUUAUCAAAGCUUUUUCCCGAUUCCUUUUUUAAUCUAUUG